CCUGGAAAGCCGGUCUGUUUAAAAUCCAGUUUCUCUGACUAGUGAAUACAACGGAUUGGAGUUUCAGUACAAAAUGGAACUUCGCAAAACCUUGUUCUUCACUGCUGUGGUGUUCUCUACGAUGACAGUUUCCAGAGCUGCCGAGCCUUUGUUUGUGCCUGAGGGAGGCUCUGUUCGUCUGGAUGUGCCGGGAUAUGAAGAAUUACAGUUUCACACUUUAUCUUGGAAAUUUAAUGGCUCUGCAUUUGUACUAAAAUACUUUUCUCAGUCUAAAGGUCUGAUACAAUUUGAAGGCUAUGAUACCGCAGCAGAAGUUGAUGAGAAGAACUUCUCUCUGCUGCUGAAGAACGUGUCACAGAGACACAGUGGGAACUACACAGCAUGGAUACUUAAUGAAGGAAAAGAGAGAUGUGUUGCUACCAGAUGGGUCACAGUUCAAGGUCAACAGAAGGAAAACUCAAACAAACUAUCUAUUGGUCUUGGUACCUUCGCCAUCAUCAUCAUCAUCAUCAUCAUCAUCAUCGUCAGCAUCAUCAGCAUCAUCAUCAUCUGCAAACUUUACAAAAGAAAUAGGAUAACAUCUGGAGGGUCCCAGAUACAUAUGAAGUGCAAGGCUGAAUAUGCUUCUGUUAAGGUCCAAGACGCAGUGGCUCCAGCCAGCAGUGCGCUCGGUGGCGGAGGCUGUUAAGCAGGUCACAUUCGAGCGGGCGGCAGUGUAGUGUAAUGGGUCAACACUGCUGCCAACAGGACAGCCCCC